GUGCAAAUAAUAUUUAGCGUGAAAAAAAUUUCUCCUUCGUUCUUUCAUCUUCUUUCAUUCCUUCCUCUUGUCCCCCAUUUCUUUUUUUCAAUGGUGAGCAUCCCUUCCUCGGACCCCACCCACCGGAUGAAAAUUUCCGUUACAUUCGCAGUUUCCACUCUAGUACCCUCUUUAUGGAGUACUCCCCCAAUGCGGAACGUUUAUAUUCCCCCUCCAUACCAACCUGAACCCAUUAGGUUGUGUCGAGCGUGGGCCGCCUCCCUUUUGGGGGAGGUGCGCUGGGCGGGAAGCGGGGGUCGGCACGAUGCGGGAUGAUAAUGUCCUUCCUUUGGAUGUCUGAUCCUUUCCUCUUUUUUGAUUGUUCAUUAUGAGGACCUGUUGCUGAUUUGCUUCUCAGUUCUAGGUCCCAACGAACAGUGUCCACUAGAUUGUAGUUGAUCGUGGUGUACCCUGGUGCUUUUAGUGUAUUGUUGUAUAUUAUGUCCUGGUAUAAAAUGUGUCUCAAUGUAUAUGUGUUAACCAAAUAAUUUGUUUCGUGUCGCACAAUCUGGAACUGCAACCGCCUUCUGUGUUGAGCGGUACAUACCACGAGUAAAAUUAAUCCGUCGUAUCAUAAUGGUGUACCGUUUACCACUUUCUGAC